AUGCUCAAUUUAUUGCAUUUCAACUCUCCUGGCGGAAAGGAUGGCUAUUAUAAGUACGGGCAGGCGUUUGGGCCCGUUGCUGGUAGACGGGGCGGCAAUGCAAAGUUGGUAGGGACGGUGAUUCGACCUGAUGCCGAGGGAGAGACCGAUGUCAAGAGGAAAGGAGAGGAGGGCUGGGAUGAAAUUUCCAUCGUGCACUAUCCUUCUAUCCGCCAUUUUUGUGAUAUGCUUGCCGGAGAGGACUAUCAAAGAAUCAAUGAGAAGUUUCGAUUGGGAGCUCUGAAAGAUACGUUUUUGCUUUGCACGACUGAGUUUGAUGUAGAGGAGGAACCAUCACCUGCAAGAGGGUUCUCGAAGAUAUAG